UAAAAUUAUUAUUUUAUUUCAAUUUAUGAAUAUAAAAUUAAUAAAGAAUAUAUAAUUAAUUUAAAAUAAUAAAAUAUCACUUUUUGACAUUUACCAUAGCUAUUCAUUGAGUAUACCUGCUGGAAGCUGGCCACAUUCUCGCUGUCUCCAAUUCAGCAACAAUGUGGGUGCCCAACUUACCUAUCACAAUCUUCACCGGUCUGGCGGCGGGGGCGGGCGCGCUGUGCAUUUUUAAGGACAUACAUGGCGGAGUACCUUUCGACAAAACUGUAAUGGCAGAAGGGAAAACGGUGAUCGUUACAGGAGCUACAAGCGGCAUAGGCAAAGAGGCUACUUGGGAGUUCGCCAAACGUGGGGCUAAGGUGUUCAUGGCGUGUCGCGACAUGACGAAGUGCGAAGAGGUUCGUCGUGAAAUCGUCCUGGAGACUAACAACAAGUUCGUGUACUGUCGACCCUGCGACCUCGCCAGUACCGAAUCAAUUAGGAAUUUUGUGGACAGGUUUAAAAAAGAAGAACCGCACGUCCACGUGCUAGUGAACAACGCGGGAGUCAUGCAGACGCCCAAGGGCGUCACGCGCGACGGCUUCGAGACCCAGCUCGGCACGAACCACUUCGGGCACUUCCUGCUGACGGAAUUGCUGCUAGACACACUAAAAAAAUCAACACCCAGUCGCGUGGUGGUGGUCACGUGCAGCGCACACGCGAAAGGCAAGAUAUAUACGGACGACCUCAACAUGUCGACCAACUACGAUCCCGUGGCUGCUUAUAACCAGAGCAAGCUCGCCAACGUCCUAUUCGCGAGGGAACUGGGCAGAAGAAUGCUUGAAACCGGUGUAGCUGUCGCAGCGGUGGACCCUGGCUUCUCAGACACGAACCUCACGAGACACAUGGCCAUGAUGAAGAGCGUGACACGUUUCAUCGUGUACCCGAUAUUCUGGCCUGUCAUGAAGCUCGCCAGAACUGGCGCCCAGGUGAUCGUACACGCGGCUCUGGAUCCGAAACUUCAGAAUAGCGCUGGGGAUUACUUCGUGGACAUGAAAAAAGCGAUUCCAUCUGAAACGGCACAGGAUUACGAGCUCGGACAGUGGUUGUGGAAGGUGAGCGAGAGGUGGACCAAACUGGACCAGCACAAGGAGGCGCUCCGAAUAUCUCAAGCGGCUUAGUAGCGUUUUAGAAAUAAAUAAAGCAG